AUGACCGAGACCCUGCGUCUCCCGGAGCUCCAGGUUCCGCGGGACCACGGCGGUGGAGGGGCGGGGAGCUCGGACGGGGGUGCAGGGGGCGGGGCUCUGGCCUGGUCCAGCUCCUCCACGCCUACGCUUAGGCGCAAGCGCUCCAAGAUGCGGCGCAUGAAGAACGUGGUGAGCGAGAAGGAGGGCGGGCCGCUCCGCCGGGCCGGCUCGGGGCCCGGCUCCGCCUCCAAGGAGUACCUGCAGCUGCCUUCCAUCGAGAUCACGCCCUCCAGCGACGAGGACGCGCCCUGGUCCAACUGCUCCACGCCCAGCGCCUCGCCCCGCCGCAAGCGCUUCCUGCUCAAGAAGUGGCUGAAGGUGCGCGAGAAGAAGGACCACGCCAGCGAGAGCAGCAGCCAGCAGAGCAGCCAGCAGAGUAGCCAUGACGACGACUCUGCCCGCUUCCUGACCCCUUUCAUCCGUGAGGAGAGGUCUGACGGCGGAGCGGACAAGUUCAGCACUGCCAGUAACUCGAACCGGAGCACGCCAGCUUGCUCGCCCAUCCUUCGCAAACGCUCGCGCUCGCCCACGCCCCAGAACUUGGAGGGCGAGACCAUGGUGGAGAAGGGCUCAGACCACUCCUCGGACAAGUCCCCGUCCACCCCUGAGCAGGUUGUCCAGCGCACCUACUCUGUGCAGUCUGCCCGCAGCGGAGGCAAGAACUCCAAGAAAAGCCAGAGCUGGUACAACCAUGAAAGACAACACCUCUUGAGAGUCUUGAGCCCCACUUAUAAGCAGCGCAAUGAAGACUUCAGGAAGCUCUUCAAACAGCUCCCUGACACGGAACGGCUUAUCGUGGAUUACUCCUGCGCCCUGCAAAGGGACAUCCUCCUGCAGGGACGGCUCUACCUCUCCGAAAACUGGAUCUGUUUCUAUAGCAACAUCUUCCGAUGGGAAACGCUGCUGACGGUGCGGCUGAAGGACAUCUGCUCGAUGACGAAAGAGAAGACCGCACGCCUCAUCCCCAAUGCUAUCCAAGUUUGCACUGACACUGAAAAGCACUUUUUUACCUCGUUCGGGGCCCGGGACAGGACGUACAUGAUGAUGUUCAGACUGUGGCAGAACGCACUGCUCGACAAGCCUUUGUGUCCCAAAGAGCUGUGGCACUUCGUUCAUCAGUGCUAUGGGAGCGAGCUGGGCCUGACGAGUGACGACGAGGACUAUGUGCAGCCGGACGAUGACUUUAACACCAUGGGGUACUGUGAGGAGAUCCCAGCCGAGGAGAAUGAGGUGAACGACAGCUCCUCCAAGAGCAGCACGGAGGCCAAGCCUGACGUCAGCCCACAGCUGCCCAAGAAGUCCCUCACCCACAGCACGCUCACCUCCACCGGCAGCAGCGAGACGCCCAUCUCUUUUGACCUGCCCCCGGAGGAGUACACAGACUGCCUUCCAGACGGUGACCUCCUGACCAUUCCACUGCCCGAAGACAAGAGCAGCGAGCCCAUGGGGCCCGUGCCCUCGCCCUCGCUAGACUUCAACGAUAACGAGGAUAUCCCCACUGAGCUGAGUGACUCCUCAGAGACUCACGAUGAAGCAGGGGAAGUGCAGGCCUUCCACGAGGACCUGAACGGGCGGCAGUACAUCAACGAAGUGUACAAGUUCAGCGUGGAUAAGCUGUACACCAUCCUCUUCACUGAGUCGCAGUUUAUGAGCGACUUCAUGGAGCAGCGCAGGUUCUCAGAUGUGGUGUACCACCCCUGGAAGAAGGAGGAGGAGGGAAACCAGACGCGCGAAAUCAUGUACACCAUCUCCCUGUCCAACCCGCUGGCCCCCAAGACCGCCACUGUCACCGAGAUACAGAAACUGUACAAGGCUAGCCAGGAGAGCGAGUGCUACAUCAUCGAUGCUGAGGUCAUCACUCACGAUGUUCCCUACCACGACUACUUCUACACGCUCAACCGCUACAUGCUGACGCGCGUGGCCAAGAACAAGUGCCGUCUGAGGGUAUCAACGGAGCUUCGUUACCGCAAGCAGCCAUGGGGGUUAGUCAAAGGCUUCAUUGAGAAGAACUUCUGGAGUGGCCUGGACGAGAACUUCCGGCAUCUUGAGGUGGAGCUGUCAAAGAUGGAGGAGGUGCUGAUGGAGCCCCACAGGCAGUCUCCCAAAGCCAAGGCCAUGAAGACGUCGACAGUACGGCGCAGGAAGCGGCCACUGGUGCACCUCCGUGCCCAGCACCUAGAGGAGGCCCUCAGCCCCGUUACUACGCCCACCGACGACGAGGUCAUCCACCGCAUCAAACACGUGGCAGGUUCAACUCAAACGAGACACGUCCCAGAGCAAGUCCCUGGUGGAAUUGCGCUCUACAGCGUGUCCAAGCUCCUGCUCAUCGUCAGCUUCGUGAUUUGUCUAAGCCUGGUCCUGCUGGUGUUCCUGAACAUGAUGCUGUUUUACAAGCUGUGGAUGCUGGAGUACACCACCCAGAGCCUCACCACCUGGCAGGGCCUGCGACUCCACGAGAGUAAACUGCCGCAGACGCAGCUGGAGUGGGCCCAGCUCCUGGAAUCCCAGCAGCGUUACCAUGACGCCGAGCUGCAGAAGUGGAGGGAGAUCAUCAAAUCUUCAGUCCUGCUGCUAGAUCAGAUGAAGGACUCUCUAUUGAACCUUCAGAAGGGCAUCAGCCUGAGGGACUACAGUUCAGAGGCCGAGGAAAAAAGGAGUGGUUAUCACUGACGAACAAUCCACAGGCGAAGGAGAAUCCACAGGAGAGGGGGAGCUGUGCAAUAUGGAACCGAACACAAUUAAAUGUGGGAAAGGGCGAGAGGGCACCUGAGCCGGAGCACCAGGACAGAGGGAUUCGAAUGCUUCUCUCGCCACCCCACGUCGAUAAUCAGCCCUCACUCCUGACCUCUGACAGGAAGUGGCCCCGCCACCGACAGGAAGUGGGGUGCCACCAGCACCGAGGCAUAACUGGAGAACGGCAGCGUCGCUUGCCUCGGCCUA